AUGUCUGCAUGGGAGAAGACAAAGCGCUUUUCAAAGAAAGGCUUCGACAAGGCAUGGGAUACGGUCGACAAACUCGGUGCCCCGGUCAAUCGUCUCUCAAAUAGACUCGGUGCCGAGGCCUUCUGGCCCAUGUCGAUCGACAAGGAGAGUGACAAGGCUGCUCGCAUUCUGCGCAGCUUCUGCAAAGAUGGCUUCUACGCCCCCGAGUCUGAGGAAACGGUCGACGAGAAUGGCAAGAUCAACCGCCCGAAAGGAAAGCAACGAGUGAUUAAGAAAAUUCCCACUUCUGUCAUCAAGAACGCCAAGGGCCUGGCUAUUUUCACAACAAUGAGAACCGGCCUUUGGGUCAGCGGCUCCGGAGGCAGUGGUGUCCUGCUGGGCCGGAUACCGGAAACUGGAGAAUGGAGUCCGCCAUCCGGGAUCAUGUUGCACACAGCAGGUGUGGGGUUCCUCGCCGGCGUGGACAUUUAUGACUGUGUGCUCGUGAUCAAUACGUACGAGGCCCUCGCGGCAUUCAAGACAUUGCGUUGCACUCUCGGAGGCGAGGUCAGCGCCGCCGCAGGGCCCGUCGGAAUGGGCGGAGUGUUGGAGUCGGAAGUUCACAAGCGACAAGCUCCAAUUUGGACGUAUAUGAAGAGUAAAGGUCUCUAUGCUGGUGUGGCCAUCGAUGGAACGAUCAUGAUUGAGCGAACCGACGAAAACGAAAAGUUCUAUGGUGAACGCAUCUCGGUGACCGAUAUUCUGGCCGGCAAAGUCCGUCACCCACCCAGCUCAAUCAAAACCCUCAUCCAGACGAUCAAAGCGGCUCAAGGCGACCGAGAUGUGGACGAGAGUCUGGUGCCCCCUCCCGGCCAGACGCCCGGUGAUCUCGAGGUUUCCUCUCAAGAUGACAAGGUGUUUAGCGUCCCCGACAAAGAUGACCCGGAUCCUUAUGGCGUUAAGGCGUUGGAGGCCGAGGGAAUGUUCAUCAGGGAGGCCGGCUCGAAGGUGAGACCAAGUCAUGAAGCUUUUGAAUUCCGGCCCAAUCCCAGUAGCCCAUUGUACGCCACAUUUGCGCGGCGCAGCCUCGACAGCUCGCCCCGCAACAGUUGGAGAACAAGUGUGCAGAGCUAUGCGAGCGUGGACCGUGGCACCCAAACCGAGGACGUGUCGCUAACAGCGCGCACGUCUGCAGACCGAGCGUCCUCAAUAAAUUCGAGAGUAUCUGCCUCUCACAGCGAAACUCCUCCGGAUCUGUCAAAUGAAAAGGAUACUGAAAAAGGCGGUUGGGACACAAUACCCCUCCAUGGUGGCGCAAGUCAAGGGAAAGCGGAGACGGAAGAGGAAGAGAAGCAAGAAAAGGAUAGCCAGGAAGAUGUCAUAAUUCCGGCAGAUCUGGUUGGCGAAUCAAUUAUCGAAGACGAUGACGAUUAUGAGGUCCACGAGGUUGCGAACGCACUGGUGACCCGGCCAGAGACCCCAAACGAGGACAGGGCCUCUACUGAAGAUUCACGUCGUGUGUCACCGACUUUCACCAGAGCCAAAUUGGUCACCAUCAACAAACGUCACACUCCUCCUGUUCCUCCUGUACUCCCUCCACGUCAUCCCCGACACACGUGGGGCUCAGAGUCAAGUCGCGAGUCAACAUCACCUACUGCGCUGUCGCACACCAGUCUUAGCACCGAGCACACUGAGGGGAUCAUUGAGGACCCCGAGGACAUCUCCAAGUCUACGGAUUUGGACGCACAUCCCUCGGAUGCGGUCAGGACGCUUCAAACAACAACUGCAGAACCUGUUGUCGUGGGUGAAGACGCACCUGCCGACAAGGAGGAUGAAUUCCUUUCCGCCCACAGCGCUACCGAUGACGAGUUUGAGCAGCACUGUCCUGCCGAGUCGGCCACUGCGUCAAGUACGGAUGAAUCAAUCGCAGCAGAGCAUUCAGCGCCCGCAGAGCGGAUUGUUAAGGAUGACAUCGCCGGCGCCGAACAUGUUCUGGGACAACUCGAGAGGCGAUUCCCCUCGCCUCAAGUUGAAGACCAGAUUGAGAAGCUGAAGAUCAGCGAAACACCUAACCAAGGCGGAUCCCCAGCGCACCUGUGA